AUGGCAGAAACUAAAAAAAAGUUGAGGUGGAUUCCUUUAGAAUCUAAUCCAGAGCUUCUACAAAUGAUUCCUCAGCCAAUUAAAGCUUUUCUUCUUCUUUUUCCUAUUUCAGAAGCUCACAAGGACUACUGUAAAGCUGAAGUGGAAAGUAUUAAAGAGAGUGGACAGGAAAUAUCUUCUAAUGUCUUGUUUUAUAAACAAACUAUUGGUAACGCGUGUGGAACAAUUGCCUUAGUACAUUCUUUGGCUAACAAUAGAGAUUCCAUUCCUGAUGGUCCGCUUAAACACCUACUGGAUAAAACCAAAGAUUUGACACCCGAAGAGCGAGCCAAAUGUCUUGAGGAAGAUGAGGAAUUGGCUAAUUCACAUCAAUCCUCUGCGAGAAUGGGUCAGACUAGGGCACCUGGAGAGGACGAAAAAGUAGAUUUACAUUUUAUAUGUCUUGUCGAAAAAGAUG